AGGCGCGGCGUGCGGACUCGCCCAGCCCCGACCCCGGAGCGCGCGCGCGACCUCGCAGCGGCCAGGUCCCAGCAGCUGGGGACGUCCCUCGACUCCUGAGCGACCAUGUCCAAGCCCAGCGCCCCGCCUCCGUAUGAGGACCGGAACCCCCUGUACCCCGGCGCCCCACCCCCGGGGGGCUACGGGCAGCCGUCGGCGCCCCCAGCCGGCUACCCGGCUUACCCCGCCUACCCACAGCCUGGCUAUGGCCACCCCGCGGGCUACCCGCAGCCGAUGCCCCCCAUCCACCCGAUGCCCAUGAACUUCGGCCCUGGCUAUGAUGGGGAGCGAGCCGUGAGUGACAGCUUCGGGCCUGGCGAGUGGGACGACCGGAAGGUCAGACACACCUUCAUCCGCAAGGUCUACACCAUCAUCUCGGUGCAGCUCCUGGUGACCGUGGGCAUCAUUGCCAUCUUCACCUUUGUGAGGCCGGUCAGCGAGUUCGUGAGACGCAACGUGGCCGUGUACUACGCGUCCUACGCUGUCUUCAUGGCCACCUACCUGACCCUCGCCUGCUGCCAGGGGCCCAGACGCCGUUUCCCCUGGAACAUCAUCCUGCUGGCAAUCUUUACGCUUGCCAUGGGCUUCAUGACGGGCACCAUAUCCAGCAUGCACAACACCAAGGCUGUCAUCAUCGCCAUGAUCAUCACUGCCGUCGUGUCCAUUUCAGUCACCAUCUUCUGCUUCCAGACCAAGGUGGACUUCACCUCGUGCACAGGUCUUUUCUGUGUCCUGGGCAUUGUGAUGAUGGUGACGGGCAUCGUCACUGCCAUUGUCCUGGCCUUCAAAUAUGUUUACUGGCUGCACAUGCUCUACGCGGCUCUGGGCGCCAUCUGUUUCACGCUGUUCCUGGCGUACGACACGCAGCUGGUGCUGGGCAACCGGAAGCACACCAUCAGCCCCGAGGACUACAUCACGGGCGCCCUGCAGAUCUACACCGACAUCAUCUACAUCUUCACCUUCGUGCUGCAGCUGGUGGGGGACCGGAACUAGCCAGCACCCCGCGACCUGGGCUGCCGCAUCCCCUGCUCGGGCUCUUCUUGGAUGGGGAGAGGGGGACCUGCCACCCUUGACCUCUCUGUCCCGCCCCACAGUGACUCUGCCCCUCCCCCUCCCCCUGCUCUCCAGCUCACUGUGGGCUAUAUAGCCUCUGGGGCACGCGGGCACGGCUGAGGUGAUGGGGGGCGCCUAUUGUGCUGGAGUCGAAAGGGUGGAGAAGUGACUUGGGGUGGUGCCACAACCCCCCCCCCCCUCCACACACACUCCCGCUGAGGCCAGGGCUGGAGCACUUGGAUGGACCCUGGCCAUAGCCCGGUCUCCCCUGCUCCCUGCUUCAGUCCUUUCUACUCUGGGCGGGGGGGGGGGGGGGGGGGGGGGGCAAGAGCACAGCGGCACUUUCCCCGGUGGUCCCCGUGAUCCCGAGCUGCCUGGGGCCUCCCUGGGCGCCCCUGGGGUCUCUGGUGCAAGAAACCCGCUGACUUCCUGUGCUCAGGGGCCACAGGCUGGCUCCCAGGUAGGGACAGGAAGUGAUGCAGAGCAAGAGACAGGGGAGGCGGCAGGGAAGAGGACUGGGGGGCGGGGAUCGGGGUGCCCCCUCUGGGCUGAGCUCCUGAGGGGCCAUGGGAGUUUCUGCUGGCCCGGGAAGGGUCCUUUCAGUUUCAGGAGCACCCCGCCUCGCCUGCCCCCCCAGCCAGCCACUGCUUUCUCUGUGACACCAAGUGCCUCGGGGAUGAGACGCGGGGCCUGCCGCCGAUGCCGGGCACGGCAGGUGGAAGCAGAGCGGCCUGCCGUGUGACUGGGGCUUCUCUAUUAAGUGCUUGGUUCUAAGGUCAUCCCGUACCAGGACCUAUCUAGAAGUAUAAUAAAGUUUUGUGUUAGAAUUCAA